CUCAAUUUCUAUUUGCAAUAGUUUUCCUUUCAAAAAUUUAUUAAAUAUAAUAUUUUUUAACGCGUACAAGCUUAUUACAAUAAAACAAAUAGGAUAUAUUUUUUUAAUUAGCUAGUAGCGCAGUUCGCAGGCAUAUACGUGAGCUUUAAUCGGGCAAAAUACGAAAACAGAGAUUUAGUUAAUCUACGCGAAUCAGACAAGUUACCAAUAGCACAACAUGAUUAACUUAGAGGACGGGAGAAAGAGCAUUGCGCAUUUUCGCAGAAGCAUCUACGGCGGCGAUGAGAUCGACUUCACCGAUAUUUUCCAAUUUGACAUGGAUGAAGACGACCACAAGCAAAUGUUAACUGUAAUGAGGGAUUCUAUGAUGCGCUUACCAGGUACAUUUCGCAGCGAAAUGUUGGACAAAUUCGCAGAUGAUCAUCCUGAUCUGAGAUGGAACCCCGAUGAGGAUGAAGUACCGUUAGACAAGGCAUCCGUAUAUAGUUUUGAGAGUUUAAUUCCGUCACGCUGGAUUUUAAUUCACGAGGAAUUCGACAAACAGUUGCGCUCAUUUUCAAGCACUUUCUCCAUACGUGAUCCGGAUAAGUUCUGGAGCAUAGUACAGCAUAAACAACAACCACACUACGAGACAGCACGUGCGCUUGCAAUAGAAAAAUUGUCUAACGAUGUCAAUACUUCAUUGUAUAUGAUUUACAAAUUGAAUCAUUGUAAAAAUAAGGACUUCAAACUGGAGGAUUACGAACAUUUUCAGGUUUUCAGUUGGACCGACGAUCGAUUUCUUGCCAGGCGCCAAAUGAAAGGCAUCGCUUGGGUGGAUAUUUUUAAAAAGUCACUCACGGAAAUUUGUUUGGACGCUUUCAAACUGCGUUGCGAUAUUAUGGAAUUGGUUCGUUUGCUGAAACCAUACUUUUUAAGUUUUUGUACCAAAAAUAAUGAGCUCGUAGUGCAGACGAUAGCGAUGAUAAA